CAUCUUGGGAAGGGACCCUCGGUACGUGGCCGCCGCCAUCUUGGGAAGGGACCCGGCGGGAGGCGGCCGCACCGUCCUGGGGAGGGCGACCGGCCCGGUUUGCCGUCAGUGGUGCCGGUCACGGUUUUACGGCAGCGGCGGGACCGGGACUGGGACUGGGAGCGGGGCAAAGCCCUGUCAGUGCGACCGGUGAAACGCAGCUUCGCGCCAUCCCUUCCGGGUGAGCGGCAGUGACUUCCGCCCUCUGAGAGCGCCGCUUCUUUCGCCGCGGCGGCCGCCGGAGCAGACGCGCAGAAAUGGCACCUCGUAAGGGCAAGGAGAAGAAGGAAGAGCAGGUCAUCAGCUUGGGACCUCAGGUUGCUGAAGGAGAAAACGUGUUCGGCGUCUGCCACAUCUUUGCUUCCUUCAAUGACACUUUUGUGCACGUGACGGACCUCUCUGGCAAGGAAACCAUCUGCCGGGUGACCGGUGGCAUGAAGGUGAAGGCAGACAGAGACGAGUCUUCUCCCUACGCGGCUAUGCUGGCAGCGCAGGAUGUUGCCCAGCGGUGCAAGGAGCUGGGCAUCACUGCCCUGCACAUCAAGCUGCGUGCUACCGGUGGGAAUAGGACCAAGACUCCCGGGCCUGGUGCCCAGUCAGCCCUGAGAGCUCUGGCCCGGUCUGGAAUGAAGAUUGGCCGCAUUGAGGAUGUCACCCCCAUCCCCUCUGACAGCACUCGCAGGAAGGGGGGUCGCCGUGGACGCCGUCUGUGAGCAGUGCUGCACCUUGGGAUAUUAAAGCUCUCUUUUAAACCUCA